GUGCUUGAGCUAUAAAAGCCCCUGGACUGCCCCAGCGCAGACACUGGGAGAGCUCGCAUUGUCGAAGUUGUGCCGAGAAGAUGAUGCUCUGGGAGUUCCUGCUGCUGUUGCCCCUGCUUGCAGGGAGCUCAGCUCUGGACUGCACUGAGAUACCGGGGUCACUAAAGCAGAUUGAUGCCAGUAAUGGGCAGGUGUUUGGAGUGAACAGCGCAGGCAAUAUUUACACGCUGUAUGGAGACAGCUGGGUCCAGCUGCCGGGCUCCUUGAAACACGUCACAGUUGGUCCUGCCGGAGUCUGGGGUGUGAACAACAACGACAACAUCUACAAGCUGGUGGGAGGAAGCUGGCAACAGAUCACAGGUAACGUAUGA